GGCCUGCACGACGUAAAGUCGUUACUUCUGGAUUUAUCGAAAGUAAAUCACGCAUCAUGCUGACCAUAUAAAGCUAGCGAGAACACAGUUGUUUCAUUAAUUCUAAGGAAACUAUAUCCUGGUGAAUCUUUAUUGUGAUUGUUCAUUCCAUAUUAUCUUUAAACUUGGUGUUAAAGAAGAUACCAGAAACAGAUUUUAAGCAGAUUAUUGGAAUAACCGAGAGAGAUUGAAAAUUCCCUGUUGAAUUCGAAGUCCCUGCCUACAAACAGGGCCUUGCUCCACUGAGCUCACCAGAGAACAAGGGAGAGAUGAUGAAAAUGAGUCGACUCAACCUACCCAAGAGAAUGUGUUGGUCUCAUCUUGCUAUCUUUGCCUUAACCAUCAUCGUGAUUCUAGAAACUUCAUCGUCAACGUCAUCUUUAAAAAAUGAAGAUGAAAUAGACACAGACCUCUUACCAGACAAAAGGUAUGCCAUGAUGUCGUACGGUUAUGGGUCACGUGGUAGACCUCGCCAAACCUAUCGCUAUUCCGGAAAUAGACAAAGGGUUUCUAGUUACAGGCGUCCCUGGGAACAACUUCCGGACUCUAAAUGCUACCGGAAGCGUUGCUCCACUUCCUCUGACUGUUGCAGACGAUAUAACGUGUGUGAUCCUCACGUGAAGGUCUGUUACGACUGUUGGUAUGGUUACAAUUGUCAGUCCUCCAGUGAUUGCUGUCAAAGAUACCCCUAUUGCCACCCACGGAAAAAAAUUUGCUACAACUAACUUCUGCAAUAAAGAUCGUAAUUUUGAA